ACUCUGAAAUAUGCAUCCAUUAUUUUAAUGAAUGCGCUCGUCUCGAAUCUACAGCAAAGUUCGGUGCUAAUGCCAUCCUGGGCGUUUCCCUGGCUGUGUGCAAGGCUGGUGCUACAGAGAAGGGCGUCCCCCUCUACCGCCACAUCGCAGACCUCGCUGGCAACCCAGAAGUCAUUCUCCCUGUCCCUGCCUUCAACGUUAUCAACGGCGGCUCCCACGCCGGCAACAAGCUGGCCAUGCAGGAAUUCAUGAUCCUGCCUGUCGGUGCCAGCAACUUCAAAGAGGCCAUGCGCAUUGGUGCUGAAGUUUAUCACAAUCUGAAGAAUGUCAUUAAGGAGAAGUACGGCAAAGACGCCACCAAUGUGGGCGAUGAAGGUGGCUUCGCUCCCAACAUCCUUGAGAACAAAGAAGCUCUGGAGCUGCUGAAGAAUGCCAUUAGCAAAGCUGGCUACACCGACAAGAUUGUGAUCGGCAUGGAUGUGGCUGCCUCUGAGUUCUACAAGGGUGGCAAGUACGACCUGGACUUCAAAUCACCUGAUGACCCGAGCCGUUAUAUCAGCCCUGACCAGCUGGCUGACCUCUACAGGAGCUUUGUCAAGGAUUAUCCUGGUCAGUGUCCCUGAUCUUUAGUGUUGCUGUGUGUGAGUAUGUGAUACUCUA